AACAGCUCAUAUUCUACCCCGUUGUCAUCUGCUCCUUCAUUGAUCUUGCGGCAUAUCACCAAAUCCUUCAUACUUAGAGUCACACAACUGCACCAUCUUAUACCUUUAUCAGAACAGCCACUGCUAAGAUUGUCUUGUCAAUUGACCUCCAUGUUUACUGAACGAAGAUAUUGCGUCAUGUAUCGCGCCCAUUUCGAUUUCAUACUUGAGGACAUUCCUCAGCCAAUCUGGAGUAGCUGCGAGGAUGUCGCACCAAUUCCCUUUUCGGUGCAUGAUCCACCCUCGCCGGGCCCUAUACCUCCUAAUCCGCCCCCGAGCCCUGCAUGAUCAUCGAUUGUUCAAGACUGGUUCUUUUCGAAAGACAGCGCAAACUAGUAGAGAAGAACGUGAUGGGAGGGGAAUGAAAUUUGCAGUGCACCAUUGAAUCAAAACCUUGACAUCAUUAAAGUGCGAAGGCAAGAAAGGGAGAAUAUCCUUGAGACAUGUCAACUGCCAGGCUCUCAAGCCAAAGUCAUGGGGGAAACGGACAUAGAGGCGUGGCGGGUUGCUUUUAUUUUUGUCCUUUGAUUUGAGGAGUUCACGGAGUAGAAUGCACACUAGACAAUGACACGGCCAGUUUCUGCAUGGAAGCCA